UUCCUGGUAAAUCAUAUGAGCAAAGAUGGCAGACAUAGACUAUCAGCCUUCGAAGCCUUCCUCGAAGCUUUCGGGGGUUUCCCUGUACCCCGUGUAUGCGAUUGUCUAUGUUUUAGCAUUUUCAGCUAUUAUUGUAAUAGCCUUUUAUUAUAUGCUAACAGGGAAAGGAACAAGAUUUGAUAUUGGAUGGUUUCUGGAAAGCACGUCUCCAUUUAUGUGGGCGAGUAUAGGAAUAGGCCUGUCUAUUUCCUUGUCAGUGGUUGGAGCAGCCUGGGGAAUUUUUACGACUGGAGCCAGCAUCCUUGGAGGUGGAGUGAAGGCCCCUCGUAUCAAAACAAAAAAUCUGAUCAGCAUCAUCUUCUGUGAAGCUGUCGCUAUCUAUGGCAUCAUCAUGGCUAUUGUCAUCGCAAACCAGCUGGGUAGUUAUGACCCACUAACUGCAUCGGAAACUGUAAUUAGGGAUUCCCAUUAUGCAGGUUUCCAGAUGUUUGCUGCUGGCCUCACAGUGGGUUUAUCCAACAUUGCCUGUGGAAUUAGUGUUGGAAUAGUUGGAUCUGGUGCUGCUUUAGCCGACGCCCAAAAUGGCAGUCUCUUUGUGAAACUUCUCAUUAUAGAAAUCUUUGCCACAGCUAUUGGUCUCUUUGGAAUCAUUGUUGCAAUCUUGCAGAUCACUGGAGUGAAGAUGGGAUCAGAUUAAAGUUUGCCCCGGACCAUUCAUAUUGUGGUAUUUGUUGAUAGAGACAGGACAUUUUCUCACCUCUAAGAGUAACCAAGAUGGCUUCCAGCCUGGCUCAUUCUGAAGUUGUGUCUAGAAGUGAAAGAGUUAGAUAGAAUUACCUACAGAUUCCAGUACAGAUAAUGUAAAUGUGAUACGUUUCUUCCAGUGAUGUUGUCACCAGUAAUCACUCCUAUAUCUAUAUAUAUAUAUGAUGAGCAAAAUUUCAUUUAAUUUUCAUUAGAAACCAGUAGCUAGACUACACAAAUGACCAAAAGGGUAAAAAAAAGUUUCAUGAUUUUGUCCAAUAUAUUAGUCAAACAGUCCAUAUAUAAUGUUAGAUGCACAGUAUAUCAUGGAAAUAUAACAUGAAUGUUUCUGCAUUAAAUGAAUCAGAUCUAUACUUUUGAAAAUAAUUAAUUUGUUUAAUAAGUUAAAAGAGAAACAGAUGAUAAAUUUGACCUAUUUUAUCUAGCCACCCUUAACAAAUGUAUUUUCCCUUUGCCUAAUGUAGUUGGCAGAUGGUAAUUUUAAUGUCAAAUGAAAUGUCUCAGUCAUGGAGUGUGUAGUUCUGUAACAGCACUUCUAUGUAUUAGCUUAAAAAUAAGGAAGAGAAAAUAGAUGGAGAUUUAUAGGGGCUGGACACAAAAACAUACAUGAGGUGUAUAUAUAUACAAUAGUAUUGUCUGUCCAGUAACCGUAGUGGCAGUAAAUUCAUAUAAGGGUGUUAGGGGCAGUGCCCCCUACAGCUUCUUGGGUGAUCUUAAAUAAAGUGAUAUAAAUCAGUUAAGAUCUGUACCCUGUUGCAGUAAAAUAUCUACCCAAUGGGAGGAAUCCAGGUUUGCCAAACAGGAACCACCCAUGGAAGUGAUUUGAUUUAAACAGUUCUAUAUGAUGACAGGCUACAUUUUCUCCAGCACCCACCAUAUAUAAAGGCUACAUUUUCUCCAGCACCCACCAUAUAUAAAGGAUUUCUUUAUUUUUUGGCUUCCUCCUGUUGGAUACAUAUUUUACUGGAAUAUCCCUAAUUGGUGUUAUAAUGUAUUGGCACUAUGAUAAUGUAUGAUCCAUGUCAAACUGAAGAAAUCCUGGGGGACACAUUUCAUUGAUAAGUUGUAGAUUUAUAUUCAGAUUAAUAUAUAAUGUAUUGUAAAUAUUUUACAUUUAAUUGUGUUUCAAUUAUCAUGUCUCAAUAUUUACCAAUGUGAUAGUGAUUAUGUCAAAUGUUUUGUUCUAAAAAUAUUUUCUUGAUUCAUGUAUUAUUUCAUUUAAUAACUCUAUGGCCCGAAAUACGAAGGCUAACACUCUGUAAAGUUGUCAGUGGAGUCUAUUACCUACAAGUACUGAGGGAGCAUUUCCAUUAGUCAAUUUGUCAUUCCAAGGAAAUGAAAAUCUUGAACUGUUCAAUCAUUAAACAUGAUGCUGUAAUCUGUAGAUUUUAUACAGCAAACUUAACAUACUUACAUUUAAGUUGUUUAUGUAGGAAUGUAAAUGAUUUGAUUCCUGUUUUAAAAAAAUAAAUGAAAUUGUAAGUAAGGGCUAUUCCAGUAACUAUAUCUACCCUAAGGGAGGAGUAUAUUAACUGGAAUAGCCCUAAAGUUUUCCAUAGCUUCCAUUAACCAAGAUAUUUCAGUGUUAACAAUUUAAAUGGAAUAGUUGUAGGGCAAAGCUGAUAAUUAUAUACAUCCAUGUUAAUUGGAAGAGAGGAUUUUGACAUUUCAUCAUUUUACUUUGCUGACAUUCCAUUCUGCUCCACAUUUUUUCAAUGUUGAUUUGAAUUCUUUCAUUGAGCGGUGUUGAUUGAGGUAAUAAAAUGAUAUGUAUGGAAAUCUAUGAUAUUAAAAAACAGAACACAAGAAAUACCUAAUGAUUAUUUACCCAUGGAAAAAUGAUAGUAUAAAUCAAAUGAUCAAUAAUGUAGCUAUUCAAAUUGGGUUGAAAAUAAUUCUUUAAUUAAAUCUUGUGUUCGAUUCACAUUGUACAUUGAACAAAUUGUGCUAGCAGGGAGUGGUUGUUGGAGGGAAGAGUAACAUAGGUUUGAAAGAAGAAUACAUGUGGUUGCUUAAUUAUUUAUCAUACAAUAUGUGAUUAUUUAUAUAUUAUAAUUAUGGUGCAUGGUAGGGAAACUACUGACUGGACCAUGUCUUUGGCAGACAGCUGUUUUAGAAAGUAAAAGUAAAUAUCGAAUUGGUGUUCGUAUCUUAUUGGUUUUCUAAGCUCAUUAAACUUGAGAAAAGAAUUUCUGUCAUGAUAUUGUCCUAUAGAUAGUUCUAAAAUCCCACAUCAAAAUAACUUUUUAAAAGUAGAUUCAUUUUGUUGUUAAUGUUGUAAGGUAGUAACGGAAAUGUAUUACUAGAAUUACUUAAAGCUGACUGGAAAAAUUGAAUUGAAGAAAGCUAGAAAUCAUUUGAGAAAUUAUAUUGCGCUUGUCAAAAUGCUGAUACUGCCAAAUAUAAUGGGAAAGAGUUGAUAUAGCAAAGUACACGUAGCUUAAGAUUGAUUGCUACUGUGUGUUAUAAAUUAUGAUAUUGAGUGUCGACAUUAAUUCAGGGUGCAGGUAUCAGCAAAUGCAGUACAGGGUGUGUCGAUGAUCAUGUAACAUCAUUGAAUAUUAUAUAUAUACAAUGUUAUAAAAUAAUAACUAUACAUUGACGUAAAUUAAAGCUGAUUCUCUCGAAGAAAAGAUAACUGUUUUGUGGAUGUUGCAAAUGCGCAUUUAAAGGAUCAUAACUUCGAAGUUAACAAGUACAUAAACUGGGUAUAUGCUACUGCUGGUUAUGAUUUCAGAAUUGUUUUUUUUUGUUAAAAAUUUUCAUCUGAGAACAUAUUCUGUUACUGCGAACAAAGCAAGUAAAACCGAUCUUGAUUGUAAAUUUGGUUUUGAAUUGAAUUGUGUUAAAACAGAAAUAUUUUAAUUUAAAAACUAAUUACGUUUAUCUUUUAACAGAUCGAUAUGUUAGAUACAUGCUAUACAUGUAAUUUUUGUAAGAGUUAACUCCCCUGUAAUUCUGAAUGACUGUAAACUUGAUGAAUAAAAUAUUGAUGUAACAGUAAUGUUGAUUUCAAAUCUAGUCAAAUUCAGUAGUUUAAUGUGAAUCAUGAUAAAAGUUAAAAAGAAAAUGUUAUAGUUAGUCAAAUUCUAAUUAUGAUGGAGUCACAGUCACUAGACAUGGGAGUGAAAUGUUCUGUAAUAGCCGAUAUACAGUAUGUUAGUAAUACAUGUAGUUGUUAGUAUUUAGUGCAUAUGAUCAAUGUCAUUGAAUAAACAUGGUAUAACA